CACACUCAUACGGCCAUUCCCACAGGAGACGUUUUGAUAUUCGAUGCAUUGAAUCUCUCUACGGUGAACGUGAUCGAGAAGGCCCAUAAGGGCUCCAUCUCCACGCUCGCCUUCAACGACGACGGCACCCUCUUGGCCACCUCCUCCACCAAGGCGAAGAAGCUGUACGAGUUCCGACGGGGCAGCUACCCGGCUCGAAUCUUUAGCAUCGCCUUCUCGCGCGACUCUUCCCUCCUCGCCGCCUCCUCCGAGUCCGGCACCGUGCACGUCUUCCAAGUCGACAAGGCCGCCGCGUCGACGAGCGGCAGCAGCAUGACGGCGUCGUUUAUGGGCUUUUCAUCGUAUCUUCCCGAGGUGGUGUCUGACAUCUGGCAGCCCGUGCGAGCGUUCGCCCAGGUGAAGCUGCCCUCGCCGUGCCCGAGCCUGUGCGGCAUCGCCAAGGGGAACGAUCUCAUCUACGUUGUCACGGCUGAGGGCUACUUUUAUCAGUACAAGUUGGAUCUGCAUGCGGGUGGAGAGUGUAAGAUGGUGGGCGAGUUCACCCUGUUCGAAUCAAAAUCAGAGGAAGUGGCCGCCACCUUCCUCGACUGA